UGCGUCUUACAAAUAGAAGCAGAGGCGAAGAAGUGAGAAAUGUCAAAGAAAAAAAAAGUGCCGAUGUUCGGUGGCCACCGUUGACAUUCACUUCCGACCACGGCCACUAACUGGUCCAUUUGUCAACUUCUCCCUGUGUCUCCUGACCAAACCUAAUCCCCCUUCAGAAACCGUCCCAAGUCUCUACAGAUUUUCUUCCUAAUUACAGAUUAUUCACUAUAAACAAAGCCAAAAUUAAAUACAAAAACUUGUUAUAGCUUUUACUGGCCUACUUGCCAAGGUUCUCUUCUUUUCUGCUUUCCAGCCAUAUUGUUUAGUGGAUGGGAAAAGAUUCAAUAUAAUACACAUAAAGAAAGUGGAAAAGCCAGAGGCUUCUUCGUGAAGCCCAACACACUUUGUUGAAAUUUUUGUUGUUGUUAUAGAGACAGACAGACAGAGAGAAAGAAAGAGAGCAAUUUGUUGAAGAAGAAGAAGAGAGGAAUUUAGUGAGAGAUGGUGGUGAGGAAAGUGGGGAAGUAUGAGGUGGGAAGGACGAUCGGAGAAGGAACAUUCGCCAAAGUCAAGUUCGCUCAGAACACCGAGACUGGCGAGAGUGUCGCCAUGAAAAUCCUCGAUCGAAGCACCAUUAUCAGGCACAAGAUGGUCGAACAGAUUAAGAGGGAGAUAUCCAUAAUGAAGCUUGUCAGACAUCCUUAUGUUGUCCGUCUACACGAGGUUAUAGCAAGCCGGACAAAGAUCUACAUAAUCUUAGAAUUCAUCACAGGUGGCGAGUUAUUUGAUAAAAUAGUUCACCAUGGACGACUUAGUGAAGCUGAAGCUCGUAGAUACUUCCAACAGCUGAUCGAUGGUGUGGAUUAUUGCCACAGUAAAGGAGUAUACCACAGAGAUUUGAAGCCUGAAAAUCUUUUGCUAGAUUCCCAAGGAAAUCUGAAAAUUUCAGAUUUUGGACUUAGUGCAUUACCUGAACAAGGAGUCAGCCUUCUUCGGACAACUUGUGGAACUCCUAACUAUGUUGCACCUGAGGUUCUUAGUCACAAGGGUUAUGAUGGUGCUGUGGCAGAUGUUUGGUCAUGUGGGGUCAUCCUUUAUGUGCUGAUGGCAGGUUAUCUCCCGUUUGAUGAGGUUGAUCUCACCACGCUGUAUGGAAAGAUUGAGACAGCAGAGUUUUCAUGUCCAUCUUGGUUUCCAGUUGGAGCAAAAUCUUUGAUUAAUCAAAUUCUAGACCCAAACCCUGGGACACGUAUUCGGAUUGAGGAGAUUAGGAAUGAUGAGUGGUUUAAAAGAGGUUAUGAUCCUGUCAGACUUCUUGAAAAUGAAGAUGUUAACCUGGAUGAUGUGAAUGCUGCUUUUGAUGAUCCUGAGGAAGAACAAGCUAAUGAGAGCAGGAGUGAGGAUGUGGGGCCUCUUGUUCUUAAUGCAUUUGACCUAAUUAUUCUCUCUCAAGGCUUGAACCUUUCAUCAAUAUUUGACCGUGGGCAGGAUUCUGUGAAGCAUCAAACACGCUUUGUUUCCCAGAAAUCAGCGAACGUUGUUUUAUCGAGUAUGGAAGUAGUUGCACAAUCAAUGGGUUUCAAGACACAUAUUCGUAAUUAUAAGAUGAGGGUGGAGGGUCUCUCAGCCAAUAAGACAUCUCACUUCUCGAUAAUUCUGGAAGUGUUUCAAGUUGCCCCCACAUUUUUGAUGGUAGAUAUUCAGAAAGCAGCUGGAGAUGCUAGUGAAUAUCUCAAGUUUUACAAGAACUUUUGUGGCAAUCUUGAGGAUAUCAUAUGGAAGCCACCCAGUGAAUCCCAUAAAUCAAGGAUUACAAAGACCAAUGGUAAAAAGCGUUGAAUUUCCACCUUCUAGCAUUAUCUACUCAAGUUGUGUUCUAUACCAUGUUGACCUGCGUAUUUCGAGAUUACUUGUCAUAUGCCACAAUCUUAAUCGGUUUCCAUAUAGUUUACCAAACCCCUAUACUUUUUUUCCUUUUUUUCCCCAACCUCUAAUCCCAUUAGAUAGCUAUGUUUCUCCGGCAGAGGUUGGUGAAAAAGAUUCCCAGUUUUGUAUGAUUACUGUAAAUCUCUUUAUAUGUAGAUGUGUCUUUUGUCACACUCUAAUUUCAUUUUGUGGGCUAGUGAUGUACAAUCCGACUCCCUUGCCCAUUCAACUUCUUGAAGGGUUCUCU